UUAAGUUGUAACUUCGACGCCAUGGAGAGCUUAAAAAUCUUUCUUUUUGGUGACCAAACCACCGACUUCGGAGCGACCUUGAACAAAGUUGUUAGCACAGCUAAGCAGAAGUCUCCUCUUGUCCGAAAGUUUCUAUCCGAUGCCCUUGACACCAUCAGGCUUCAGGCUCGGGAGACUGGCACGCACAAGCUCUUGGAGCUUGACUCCCUGGAUACGCUCCUCUCGACCCCCGAAAAGUUUGAGGGGAUAGCGGAUGAGACAGGUGUCAUCCAUACUACGUUUUCAUGCAUCUCGCGACUUGGAGAACUUAUACUACACGCCGAGCAAGAUUCUACAAUUUUGGCUCGUAACGCCCAUGGUCCGCCCACACAGGCGGUCGGGUUAUGCACUGGCCUUUUGCCUGCGGUAGCAUUAGCGGCAGCUCAGGACCUGCGCGACUUGGCAAAUCUGGCCCUGUUGAUGGUCGGCGUUGCGUUCAGGCUUCGGCUGGAGCUGCAUAGACGAUCGCAGGCGGUAGAGAACGGCAAUGGCAUAUGGGGCUAUCUCGUUGUGGGGCAGACUCCAAGCGAGAUCGAGGCCGCCCUGGACAGCUUUCACCAAACUCAGAACCUUCCGACCCACAAACGGGCUUACAUUGCGGUGGCAGCGAGUUCCUGGUCGGCCCUUUUUGGCCCUCCUUCGACGAUGAGAAGACUUUUCCACGAGUCCAACAGCUUUCGCCAAGCAUCGGUCACGGAGCUGUAUAGGGCGAACGGCUGCGUGCAUGCUUCCCACCUUCCCGGUCUGGAUACUGACUACAUCCUUGGUACGAACCGCGAGCUGCUGAACCGGCCGCUUUCUUCGACUGUCAGCAUCAUAUCCACCAGCAAAUGCCGACCGUUUGAGGCCAAAAGCCUCAGGGACCUGCUGUGUCAGGUUUUGGAGGACAUUCUCACCCUCCGGCUCGACAUGGACGGCACCUUGAACGCGGCGGCGGCAAACGUUCCGACCGGUUCAGACUUGCAGGUCUUGGUUAUCGGCGGGGCCAACGCCGUCUCGGCGCUCAAGAACUCUCUGGGCUCCCGCGAUGUCACCCUAACGGUGGUUGAGGGCGCCGUGCCAAGGCCGCAACCAGCGUUACGAAACGGGUCGGAACGCGUCGCCAUCGUCGGUGUCAGCGGGAGGUUUCCUGAUGCUGAAAAUGUGGACGAAUUUUGGCAGAAUUUACUGGCUGGUCGAGAGGCACAUAGACUGGUCCCUGAAUCUCGCUUCGGCAUCGAUGCUUGGAGGCACGCUCUCGGGCCAAACGCCACAUUGCCCUAUGGCUGCUUUCUCAAGCGACCUGGCCAGUUCGAUGCCAAACUUUUCAACAUAUCCCCUCGCGAGGCCGAGCAGAUGGAACCAAUGCACCGGUUACAAAUGCUGACCACCUAUGAAGCCCUCGAGGACGCGGGCUAUGCGCCGAACGCGACGUCGUCCACGGACAAGACGCGAAUCAGCGCCUUUAUCGCACAAAGCUCGGAUGAUUGGCGUGACAUCAAUCAUCAGCACGGCAUCGAAACCCACUAUGUGCCGUCCAUCGCGAGGGCCUUUGGAGCUGGCCGCUUACACCACUAUUUCAAAUGGGAGGGUCCGGCCUUUACCGUCGAUGCGGCCUGUGGAUCCAGCGCCGUGGCGAUCGCCCUCGCCUGCUCCUCGCUCGUCAGGGGUGAUUGCGACAUGGCCGUCGUAGGCGGAUCGAUGCUCGCUUGUUCGCCGGAUGCCAUGGCCGGGCUGGCCAAAGGCGGCUUUUUGUCGCCGACAGGCAGCUGCAAAACCUUUCGGGACGACGUUGACGGGUACUGUCGCGGCGAGGCGGUCGGGUCCGUGAUCCUGAAGCGGCUCGAGGACGCCGAGUUGGACAAGGACAGAAUCCUGGGCGUGAUCGACGGCUGGGCGCGUAACCAUUCCGCUUACGCCUCCUCCAUCACCCACCCGCAUCAGCCGAGCCAGGAGCGCGUCUUCCAGCAAGCCAUGCGGAUGGCCAACACCGCGCCGGAGGAGGUUGGCUAUGUCGAGGCGCACGGCACAGGUACCGUAGCCGGCGACGUGUGCGAGGUCAACGCCAUCACCAACGUGAUCGCUGGCUCCCGAGCAGCCGACAACCAGCUUGUCCUCGGCGCCGUCAAGGCCAACGUUGGUCACGCCGAGGCUGGAGCCGCCAUCGUUGCGCUUAUCAAAAUAGCCAUGAUUUUCAAAAACAACGGCACCAUCCCGCCGCAGCCUGGAUUUGAUAACCCGGUCAACCCUGCGCGGUUGAAUCCCGAGUUUCCUCAUCUGGCCAACAGGCAUAUCCAUAUCGCCAAUGGCCGUCAACAUCUGACCGCGGGCAAAAAAGCAAUUUUAAACUGUUUCGAUGCGACCGGAGGCAAUACGUGCCUCGUUUUAUCCCCUCCCCCAGCCAAGUUGGCGCUACCAAAAAAUAUGGGAGACACUGUACAGGACCCGAGAACCCACCACGUUGUGGUUUGUUCUGGUCACACCUUCAAUGUCAUGAAAAGGAACGAACGCCGUAUCCUGGACUACAUCAUCAACCACAAAGAGGCCUCGGUGCGCGACCUGGCCUAUACCACCUCGGCACGCCGAGUAAAACAACACGGUGUUCGCACCGCCUGGACUGUGUCGGACACAAAAGAGCUCGGCCGCAUGUUGCUAAAGGAGACGAGCAAGACAGAAAACUGCACAAACCGCCCGGGCACCAUCGUGUUUACUUUUACAGGACAAGGCGCGGCGUAUCGGGGAAUGGCAUGCAAGCUGUUCGAAACAUCGCCACUGUUUCGAAAGAGCAUCAUGGCGGCCCAGCGCUUAUGCGACUUGUACGGCCUCCCUUCUGUCGUGGAAUACAUACAGGGCCGGGAACAAAAGGGCGCAGUGGCCCCAGAAGUCACUGCUGCGCAAGAACAGCUGUCCCUGGUGGCUCUGCAAACGGCGUUGGCAGACCUCUUUAGGUUUUGGGGUCUUAAGCCUGAUGUUGUGGUAGGGCACAGCCUGGGGGAGUACGCAGCUCUAUGCGCCGCUGGUGUCCUGUCCCUGGGUGAUACGCUGUACCUCGUCGGCAGGCGGGCUGGCCUUUUAGGUCGACACUGCAGGGCCAAUGACUAUCGUAUGUUGGUGCUGCCGGUGAGCAGCAGUGAUGCAGAGAACAUGAUUGCCAACAGCAACGGCUGCUGCAUUGCGUGCAAGAACACCCCGAGCGCAACCGUAGUCAGUGGGCCUUCCAUAGAAAUCGACAAACUGCAGGCUGCUGUCCGCAAAGACCGUGGAAUCGAGACCACCAUUCUUCCGGUCCAGUACGGCUUCCAUUCCAGUCAGAUGGAGAGUAUUGCUGAGGAUGUGGAGCGGUUGGCCGAAGAGGUUCACUUUUCAUCUCCCCAGAUACCCGUGGCCUCGACUCUUCUUGGGAGGAUCAUCAACUCUAGCGGCACUUUUGGUCCCAAGUACCUGUCCCGCCAGACGAGGGAGGCUGUCGACUUUGUGUCGACGGUUGAGGCCAUCCGCGCAGGCGGCCUGGCGGACAAAGACACUAUCUGGGUCGAGAUAGGCCCCGACGCCGUGAACACGUCCAUGGUGCGCAAGAUACUCGCCAUCAAAGACUCGGAUCGCCUCGUUCCCGCCAUGAAAAAGGAACACGAGGUCUGGGCCACCAUCAGCAAUCUGGUGGCCUCGGCCUACUGCAGCGGCCACGAUAUCGACUGGCAUGCCUACCACCUCCACUACCAGUCCGGCCUCGAGUUCCUGGAUAUGCCAAACUAUGCCUUUGAUCUUACCGACUACUGGCGCCCAUAUGUCCACCCCAAGUCCACGGCGGUCGUUGGCAGUGAAACCAAAGCGCUGCCUCCCUCGGAAUCCGUCGCGGAAAUGGUCUACCUCACGUCGUAUCUGCAGUACGUCAAAAGCGAGCAGGUCGCGGCGGACGGUACCUUGACGGCACACUUUGUGUCCCGGGUGAACCACCCUGAGAUGGUCGCCGCCGCGCGAAACCACCUGGUCAACGGCAAUCCCAUCUUCCCCGGCUCAGCCUUUUGCGAAAUGGCUCUUGCUGCUGCAGAAUACCUGAUCCCCAGACACCGGAAUCUUCCGGAGCCGCCAGAACUCUCGUCCAUGGUUGUUCAAGACCUGGAGAUGAACAGACCGCUGAUUAUAAGCACUGCUGCCGACACGUCAGUCCUCCUGACCAAGGCGGUGUGCCACAGCCGCGGUUUGAGGGUCGAGUUUAGCGUCCGCGAUGGCCAGGACACGCUGCCGCUCGGCGCUGUUGGAAUCGGAUACAAGAAGUCGGGUGCGCUCAGGACAAAGGCCGGAAGAAUGUCGGUGUUUUUCGUACGCAACCGAAUGGACAGCCUGGUCAAAGCCGUCGCCCAGGGUGAGGGCCACCUGCUACGCAAGUCGCUCAUAUAUCAGCUCUUCCAGCGUUACGUUCAUUACGGCAAGGGAUUCCAAGGAAUCGAAGAGUGCUGGCUAAGCCAGGAUGGGCGUGAGGCCGCGUGUACCGUCCGUCUCCCAAGCAGUCCCUCGGCCACGGGUGAACGUGACGCCUUCAACAUGUAUUGGCGAGAUUGCGUUUUCCACCUUGCCGGAUACCUGCUCAACGGCCAUCCGGACGGACCCAAGGAAGAGGCCAAUAUCGCCGUUGCUGUCAAAGAGAUUGCGUUCGAGGAGGAGCUCACUGAUGGCGACACCUACCAGGUCUACACGCGCAUGGAGCCCACCGAAGCGGGCUAUCUCGGAGACGUGUUCGUGUUCAAGGGUGAGAAGCUCGUCGCAAUCUGCUCCGACGUCAUGUACAAGACAGUGUAUCCUCGGCGCGCCGGACACAGGCCCGUGGUGGCUGCGCCGGUCAAAGGACAGGAAGUGGCCCUGACGCCACCGCGUAACGAUGAUUGCAACCAUCACUCUGCUCACUCCACUUCUGUUCCAUUCCAGCCCAGAGAGGCUUUGGUCGAGAAGACGACCUGCUCUAGCCACGGUUCAAUCACAGUGAGCCCGGGACCUUACCAGUCGAACGCACCAACAAAGUCCCAGGUUGAUGUGGCAGAGAUCCUUCUGGACCUUGUCUCGGAAGAGACGGGCUGGGAAAAGGAGGAGCUCGACAAUGACACAAAUCUGGCAGAUCUCGGAGUAGAUUCGCUGAUGAACAUUGUGCUGGCCUCCAAGAUGAAGUCCGAGAAGGGGUUCGAAAUCUCGGCGGCCAAGUUCCGAACGUGUCUAACCGUGGCUGACAUCCGUCGCGAGUUCGGCAGCACCGCGGCAAGGGCGCCUUCGCCGCAGCAGCUUCAGGAGGAAGAAAGUGCAAAUUCUGUGUGUUCGUCGCUGAACGACAGCUCCGACACGGAAUCGGGUUACGACAUGUUUUCAUUGAGGAGCGAUCAGUCCGACUCGGAGAGGAUGGUCGAGAUCGACCCGCCACCCAAGCAGGAAUCCAAGACCACCACCAACAUCGACGCCAAGUUUGCCGUCGAGGACUUCCUUAUCCAGGGCGAGGAGCAAGAAGGCGUCCCGCCGCUGUUCCUCUUCCCCGACGGCUCCGGCUCUGUCACCUCCUUUGUGCAGUUGCCCAACCUGGCCAGUAACAUUGCUGUAUACGGCCUCCACUCGCCGUGGAUCAAGGAGCCCGAGCUUUUCAACUGCACCAUCGAGGAGGCCACCGAGCUGUACCUAGCCGCCAUCCGCGCCCGCCAGCCCCGCGGCCCGUAUCUGAUGGGCGGCUGGUCUGCGGGCUGCGUCAUCGCCUAUGAGUGUGCGCGCCUGCUGGGCGAGGCCGGCGAGGAGGUCCUCGGGCUGAUUUUUAUAGACAUGCACUGCCCACGCCCACUUCCGCAGUGGAUAGACACGACACGCGAGCUGUGGGAGUACUGGUGCGAGACCACCGGCCUGGACAAGGUCUUUGCGCCGCUGCCGGGCGGGGCCGACCUCGGGGCGCAUUUGAUCAGCAACUUCCGUGCGCUCAACAAGUAUCACCCGAAGCCCAUGACCAAGACCCCCAAGCACGGGACGCUUAUCAUCUGGGCCAAGAAGGGCAUGGGCAACGGUCUGAAAAAGGACGACUUUCCAGAUAUGCCCGACCCUCUGGGCGUGGGAGAGUGGUUUUGCUUUGACAGAACCGAGUUUGGCCCGAACGGCUGGGAGAAGCUGGUUGGGGACAAGGUCGAAUGCGUUGCUGUCGAUGGUCACCACCGCUCUAUAAUGGUUCCUCCAGAUGCUUACCAAAUGAUGAAUAUUAUCGACAAAACUUUGGAAAGGUUUCUCUCCUAA